UUGAACUCGUUCGCGAAGUGAGAAAACAUGUGUACCUCAUAAGAGGGCUGUGACUUCUUUCAUGAAUAUUCAGUGGAUUAUAAAGAUAGCCUGGGAGGUUACAAGGGAAUUGAGUUCACAUGCAACACUUUGAGAACCAGCUUCAACAUCUGAAGCGUUUUCAGCGACAUCUGUUUCCCUGUGAAGAUGUCAAAGUCUAGCAUAGCAAUAGGACUGUCAGUGGUUGGACUUUUAGCGAUUAUUUUCGGAACGGGUCUUGUGUUUGUAGGACCAGUCGUGAUCCAUGACCAAAUAAUAAAGAAUGUAGAAAUCAACCCCAAAAAUAAUCUUUCCUACACUAUGUGGAAAGACAUUCCUGUACCAUUCUUCAUGUCCGUAUAUUUUUUCAAUGUUCUCAACCCUGAAGAGAUAUUGGCAGGAGAGAAGCCCACAGUUCAGCAAACUGGUCCAUAUGUGUACAGUGAAAAGCGCUGGAAAGAUAAUAUCACUUUCCAUGAAAACAAAACGGUGUCUUAUUGCGAAUAUCGGCAGUAUUUCUUUGAGGAGAGCAUGUCUGUAGGCAGUGAAUCUGAUGUGGUCACCAUUCCAAACAUGCUGGUGCUGGGAGCAUCAGUGAUGAUGGAAAAUUUUCCCCUUCCAGUGAGGAAAAUGAUAAGUACCACCUUCAAAGUUUUUAAGGAAGGCCCCUUUGUGACAAAAACUGUAGGCGAGCUUAUGUGGGGCUAUGAUAGCAAGUUGGUGGACUUUCUUAGCACCUUUCUCCCUAGCAUGAUGCCAUUUAAAGGAAAGUUUGGACUAUUUAUUGAGUUUAACAACUCCAACACAGGGUUGUUUACUGUCUUCACCGGCAAGGAUAACAUCAAUGUAGUUCACAAAGUGGAUUCCUGGAAUGGUAUGAAGAAGGUGAACUACUGGAAAUCGGAGCAGUGUAACAUGAUCAAUGGUACAGCAGGGCAGAUGUGGCCACCGUUCAUGACUACAGAAUCCACUCUACCAUUUUACAGUCCAGAUGCUUGCAGGUCAAUGGAGCUGGUGUAUAAGAGACCAGGAAUUGCACAAGGAAUCCCUGUGUAUCAUUUUGUGGCUCCAAAAACACUCUUUGCCAAUGGCUCAGACUAUCCUCCAAAUGAAGGCUUCUGUCCAUGCAGACAGUCAGGUCUUCUUGAUGUUAGCACUUGCAGGAACAACGCCCCUGUGUUCAUUUCCCAUCCACAUUUCUACAAUGCUGAUCCUACACUUUUGCAGACUGUCAAUGGACUUAGCCCCAAUGAGCAUGACCAUGGGCUCUUCAUUGACAUACAUCCAGACACUGGAAUACCUAUGAACGUGUCCAUCAAGCUGCAACUUAACCUGUUAAUGAAGCAGGUAUCAGGAAUAACACAAACAGGUAAAAUCGCUGAAGUAGUGAUGCCCUUGAUUUGGUUUGGCGAGAGUGGCUACAUUGAUGGCCCUGUCCUCAACAUGUUUCGUAUGAACCUUGUAAUUUUACCUAUGGUAAUGGAGUAUAUGCAGUACAUCUUCAUUGCACUUGGAGUGGGAUGUAUCAUAGGAGCAGUGGCUCUGCAGCUUAGUAAGAAGAUAAAAAUUAGGAUUUUCCAGGUCUGUGCUGAUGUGAAACCAAGAUCUUUGGACAAUGAAAAAAGUCCAUUGGUGCAGAACAAGUACUGUAGUGCUUCCUCUGCGUUCACAGCACUGACUUUUUCUUCAAUUCUAAGACUCGCAGGAAACUGAUGGUGGUGGUUGUAUUUGGGUGACCUGGCAAAAGCACAACUUAACCGUGGACUUAUAAAAAUUCUAAUUUGUUUCUAACUUGGUGUUUUUCUUCAAUUUCCAUGGUUGGCUAAAUCUGUGUUGGGUGUUUUACGAACUGUUUAUUUGAUGGGAUGCAGUCUUUUUUGUGAUAGGAUUAUCUCUGGGUAGGAUUUAAACUGGCUAGAAUGCAACUGUCAUUUUGUCAGUUUUUAGCUAUCCAGGUCCGCAAAUGGUUGCAGGUUUUUUGGAUGCAUUUUAUAGAUUCUUCUAACACUUCAGAAGUUAUAUAUAGCAUUUCAUUUUGAAGUGGACUUACAAAAGAGCUCUGUUUUUAUAUUUACUGAACGCACAAAUGUGUUUCCUCUACUGAAAGAUGUAUAAUAAAAUGUUUCUUAAACAAUAA